AUUCAGUCUCGACUCGGGCCGAGAACGCGUGGGCUAGACUUACGCACCAUUCCGGCAAUAAAGCCCUAAUCAUCCAAUAGAAUUAAAUAAUACGGCGCAGUGAAAUAGCAGUGUUUCCUUUAACUGCUACGCGAACCAUUAUCGAGUUUGGUCGUUCCAUUUUCAAAUUUUGCCCGCGUCUAACCAGCCAGUAAGCAAAUGGCUUUUUUAGUGGCCAGCGCGAACUUUGCAUGCUCGAGAAAAGAGUUCAUAGUUUAGCUAUUAAAACUUUUUGUUGCUCGACAAGUUUCACAGUGGAUCCCUUUGUAAAGAGGAAGAUGAAAAUUUUCAAGAAGAAGCUCCGUUUCUCGAUAGCUUCAAGCUAUAUCUAGACUUUUGCAGUUACCUAUAAGAUUUUAGGAAAUUGGUGGAAGUACACAUAUCAAUAGCGACUUUCCCGAUUUUUCACAAAAGAUAUCCCUACAAUGUACAAAAGGACGGGCAACAUCAUCUGCAUUUUAGCUUUGGCUGUAUCAAUCUAUGCACAGGAAGUUAAUGUACCAACCUUGAUAGAAACAACGACAGAAUAUAAAACCAAAACAGUCAUAGAAGAAGAAAGAACAGCAGAUUUCAUCAACCAUGACCAUGUUCAACCUUUCAGACAUGAUGACAGAACUUUAGGUGACCUAAUAAUAGGUUCAAACAGAGAUAACAUAAGUGAAACAACAAACGAAAAAGUUAUAGACAGCAGUGAGCAAAUAAAAAUACCCGAAAGCGCUUCUAAAGUAUUACUACCAAUAGUAUCAAAUCUAUCCUACAAUGAUUUUAAGUAUCAAACUAAGAUAAGAAAUAAUUCGGCUACUAUUAAAUCAGUAGUCAAUUUAGAAGCGAAAAAAGCUAUUAAAAGAAUUGAUAAGAAGAAUGAUUUAAAAGCUCAUGUACAGUAUGACGAAGUGACCGGAGAACUGAUUGGUGGAGAUCAUCCGUGUCAUCGAGAGUGUAAAGAAGGGGAAGAACCGAUGAUAUGCUAUUAUCAUUUCAAUUUAGAAUGGUAUCAGACUAUGAGCAAAGCAUGUUACGAUUGUCCUUACAAUGUGGAAGACUGUAAGAGAAUAGACUGUAUUCCAGCAGAUGGAAUGAAUAGAGCACUGAAUGUUGUUAACAGAAAAAUGCCUGGACCAGCUAUAGAGGUUUGCCAGCACGAUAGAGUAAUAGUGGACGUAGAGAAUGACCUAAUGACAGAAGGCACGACAGUGCACUGGCAUGGUCAGCAUCAAAGGGGAACACCUUACAUGGAUGGGACGCCUUACGUCACCCAGUGCCCUAUUUUGCCGGAAUCUACAUUCAGAUACCAAUUCAACGCCAGCCAUUCAGGAACUCACUUCUGGCACUCUCACUCUGGCAUGCAACGCGCGGAUGGCGCGGCAGGUGGUUUUAUCAUACGGAAACCAAAGUCUCAAGACCCUUUUGGAGAUAUGUAUGACUAUGAUAGAUCAGAACACGUGAUGAUAGUAACAGACUGGAUCCACGAGCUCUCAGUGGGGAUGUUCACUGACCACCACCACUCGUCCGGUGAUAACAAACCACCAACCCUCCUUAUCAAUGGGCUUGGACGAUUCAAGAUCUUCAAUGAAACUGCCAAACUGACGUCAAACAAACCCAUGUAUAUGCAAGCGGCUAGGUUUAACGUUGAGCAGGGUUACACGUAUCGCUUUCGCGUGAUCAACGCCGAGUUCCUCAACUGCCCCAUCGAGAUGUCUGUGGAUGGACAUAACAUCACUGUGAUCGCCUCCGAUGGAUAUGAACUGGUGCCUAUUACUGCCACGUCGCUGGUGACGUACGCGGGCGAGCGCUACGACUUCCUGCUGAAGGCGGACGGCGAGAUUGACAACUACUGGAUCCGCUUCAGAGGACUCAUGGAUUGCGACGAAAGAUUCACGAAGGCCAAACAAGUGGCGGUACUGCACUAUGAAGGGGCCAUGGAGACGGAGCCGGCCGGCGACCCCUCCUGGGAGGAACUACACAAUGAGGGACUGCAACUGAACGCGUUAAACAAAGCCGAAGAAGAAGACGAAACGAUAAGCGUAGCCGAAAUGCAAUCUUUAGCAGGAUACGACGAGAGCCUGAAAGAGCACGCCGACUACCAGUUCUACGUAGCGUAUGACUUCUACGCUAAAAACAAUUCACAUUUCCAUCGGUCUCCAUACUACGGGUAUUACCAAGUCCCGGAAGCCAAUGACCGUCUCUACACACCACAAUUAAACCAUAUCAGUAUGAAAAUGCCUUCAAGCCCGCUUUUAAUAAACCGUCCGUCGCCAGAAGGAUUCUGCAAUUCAUCAAGUAUAGCCGCAGAUUGCAAGCAUGGCUAUUGCGAAUGCCCCCACGUGUUGUCAGUAAGAAAAAACGCUGUUGUAGAAGUCAUUAUUGUAGAUGAAGGUGUAACAUUUGAUGCUAACCAUCCUUUCCAUUUACACGGACACAAUUUUAGAGUAGUUGGUAUGAGAAGGUUAUCUAACAUGACAACUAUAGAAGAAGUCAAAGCGUUUGAUGAUGCAGGACUCCUAAAGAGGAAUCUAAAGAAUGCUCCUUUAAAAGAUACGGUUACAGUACCGGAUGGAGGUUACACGGUUAUACGUUUCAAGGCAGAUAAUCCUGGGUAUUGGUUGUUCCAUUGUCAUAUAGAGUUUCACGUGGAAAUCGGUAUGGCUUUAGUCUUCAAAGUUGGUGAACAUAAAGAUAUGCCUCCCAUACCUCAUGACUUCCCAAGAUGUGGUAAUUAUAUGCCCGAUAAUAUGCUAGAACAUGCAACGACACCAAAGCAGAAUCCAAGUGAUAAUCAAUAUAUUUCGAUAACUCAUUGGUGGCCUGUAGUUUAUGUAAACGGCACCACAUCGGCAGCUGUAGUUUUGAGAUCGUCGGCUUUCGUAGUUUUAUGUUUAGUGUGUUUAUUAAAUUUAGUGAUUGGGACGUAAAUGUGAAUUUAUUUUAUUUUUAAGCCACGAAAAAGUUUUACUACAGCUUAAGGGACAUAUUUCAGAAGAAGUGAUUUCAGCUAGUAAUCAUCUUACAAGAUCAAAUAUUUCUUUGUAGCAUGCCUAUCGACGUAAAAAGUAAGGUUUAUACGUUACUGUUCCUAUCGUUAAUUUCUAGGUGACUUACCAAUACUUUUUACGCCUGGGCAAACUUUUAGAAUUUGGCCGCGGUAGCUUUCAUAAGGGGUUUCACGAUUGAUCAAGCACACGAGAUUACCUACUUCAAAUAUUUCGAAAAUAUUUUAUUCUUCUGGUUCGUGUCCCUUAACUUAUGUUUAUAGCAAAAUAUUAUGUAAUAUUAAACCAACUGUUUUGGUAGCAUAAACUACAAAAUAAGAAUUUGUACUUAUUAUUACAAAGUUAAUUAAUUUAUUUGUAAGAAUUUACGUAUACGAUGAACGUGUAUUAUUAUUCCACUCAUUUGUUAAAUUUAUUUAUUGGAUAGUACUUAUAUUUGUCUAUUUAUUUUAUUUAUAACAAACUUUAGGAUUUUUAAAGUGGAUUAAUAAUAGUUUUAAUAUUGUGAGUUCAGAAUAAAUACAUAGUAAGUCUAAUUUUAGACGAAAAACAAACAAUUGACGAUGAAAGUGUACAAUAAACUUUAAUAUUUUACUGAAUUAGAAUAAAGGAAAUAUUAUUCGGUGAAACCAAAACAUCUAGAAAUUAUACUCCAUAAAGUCAGUUCAGAUUAAUUUAAUUGCCACCGCUAUAUCCUAACUACACUUUCUAUGUCACGCUAAAACCUUCAACUGAGAAUUUCAGUACAUAGUAAUGUAUAACUUCUGAAAGUCAGUGUCUUAUUAUAGGUCUAAUGCAGAACACGAACUAUAUAAUUGGUCACAAAUUAAAAAUGUAUUUCUUCUGCAUUAGGCUUACAGUAAAUCCUUGCCAAAACCGAGGACAUUUUGAAAAAAUGUUCUUUUUGACUGGACGUAUAUUGACUACUAUUGCCUCAGCGUCUUGCCUCUCAUGCAGCUAAUAGCGUCUUAAGAAGAAGCUCAAACUUUUCCAUGUCAUAAUUGUCAUCGUCAUCAAUCGAGAAACGGCCUUGGCUAAAUAAAAGUCUCUCUUAAGCCACCUGUAUCCAGUCAUUUUUGUGACUCGAUCGAUGACGUCGCCCACCCUGGUCUGCACACUUUCUGGUGCAAUAUAGUCAUUCCAGUAACUUUGGACCCCAAUGCCAAUCGGUUCUUCAAAGUAUGUGUCCAAUCUAUUGAUACUUCAGCUUUACAACCCGUUAGACUAAUUUGGUCUGGUUUACUCUGGUUCUUCCACCUUCUAUUAGAUCUCCUUUUUAAUCACGGAGACAAAUUCUGAGCAUAGAUCUCUUCAUCGGUAGCUGAGUGUAAGGCAAACUUCUCUAUGGCAGCUAAAUAAUGCUGAAAGGCUUCUGUUCGGACUUCGGAUGUGUCCGUUUUGAUAGUCGUAUAUUAUAAGCUGCUAAAAACAGACGCUUAACUGCUUGAGGAGCAAAGAUUGUUCAGGCGAUAAUAGCAAAUGAGCGACCAGCUUUUGUAUUACUUUGAGUAUAAUGGACGUCGCUGGUGAUAUGUGAUAUUACUUAGUUAAGUUAGAUUUAAGAUACUGUACUAAAGUUACUGUUGUAAGUCAAUGAUAUUUUAUGUGAAAGAAAAAUAAAUAUUAUUAUAACAUGUAA